AUGGGGACAAAGCCCACCAUUGCCGGUGCGAUCAGAGACAUUUGGUUGAACAAAAAGAGAAGGACCAACAGCUCGGCGCUCCACACCGCCGUGACCCUCCUGCCGCAGGAGGCGGUGCCCGGGGACGGCCACCACGAUGCCUUGGCGCCGCACCUGGACGGCAGUCAUGCUCGGACUUACGACAGCGGCGGCGACCCCCUGGACUGGGUCGGCGGCGAGCUCGGCGCGGAGUGCGUGUGGUCUGAGGUGGAGGACAACAGCACCAGCCUGGCGGAGGGCGAGCUGACCUUCCAGUGCAAUGAUAUGCUGGACGUGGUGUCGCCCAGCGCGCCCUGCUGGGUCACCACCCUUAGGGACUGUCUGCGGGCAGACAGGAUCCCCGCUGGGGACCCCCUGGGUUACAACACUACCCUCUCCUCGGAGGCGGGCACCACCCACGCCUGCGUCACGUCGAGAACGUGUUCUCCUCGCUGCUGUCCUACGGCAGCGAGCUGUUGUGCUCCCUGGGCUCUUGCUCCUCCCCCGUGUGCGACACCAUCGGGCGCCCUGCCCACCACGGCCCAGCCCGCGCCGCCCUCUCCCAACACCUCGCUGCCCAUCCUUCCCGUGCCCUCCCUACCGCCCACCACCACCAUCCCGCCCCUGCAGAUCGCCCACUGCCACCUGCCGGAGGUGGCUCAGGCCGGGAACCCCACGCCCUUCAACCUGAGUCACGGCGACGCCUUCCCCAACGCCACGGCGGCGGGCGUGGCGGGCGGCGACGGCUACGAGUACGACUUCUCCUUUCUGUUCCUGGCGAUGUUCAUCCUGGCGGGAGGCAUCGGCAACAUCCUCGUCUGUCUGGCGAUCUGCCUGGAGCGUCGCCUUCACAACGUCACCAACUACUUCCUGAUGUCCCUGGCGGUGGCUGACCUGCUGGUGUCCCUUGUGGUGAUGCCCUUCGGAGCCAUCGCGGGCUUCCUCGGGUACUGGCCGUUCGGGUUAGUGUGGUGCAACAUCUACGUGACGUGUGAUGUGCUGGCGUGCACCUCGAGCAUCAUGCACAUGUGUACCAUCUCCCUGGGCCGCUACCUGGGCAUCCGAAACCCGCUCAAGACCAGGAGCAGCAGCAAAAAGACGGUUGGCGUGAAGGUGGUGCUGGUGUGGCUGCUGGCGAUGCUGGUAACGUCCAUGAUCACUGUGUUGGGCAUCAUCGACACCACCAACAUCAUGCCCGAGGACUACGUGUGCGCCAUCAACAACCAGACCUUCUUCAUCUUCGGCUCGCUGUGCGCCUUCUACAUCCCCAUGGUGAUAAUGGUGAUCAGCUACGCCCUCACGGUGCACCUCCUGAGGAAAAAGGCUAAAUUCGCCUGUGACGCUCCGGCAGGUAAGGCGCGCACCAUGGGCAGGUACAGGUCGGUGCGCAGGAAGCCGCAACAGCCCCCACACUCCUUCACCUUCACUCCCCGCGCCUCCUACCGCGGCACCUUUGCCAACGGCCACACCACGCACUACGAGUUCUCCAACAUCCACAAGUGCGAGCAGGCCACGCAGACGCCGGAAUCUAUCGCGCGGGAGACCAGGAACUUCAAGCUGAAGGCGCUUCGUCUGCAGCUGGUGGGCACGACUUCCUGGCACCUGAGGUUCCUGCCGUCGAGGAAAAGGGACGCGCUGGCCGCCAACGCCGUCGCCAAUGAGCAGAAAGCCUCCAAGGUCCUCGGCCUCGUGUUCUUCGCCUUCGUCAUCUGCUGGACGCCUUUCUUCAUCCUCAACAUUUACUUCGCCGCGUGCCCAGACUGCAAGGUGUCCGACCACCUGGCCAACGUGUGCCUGUGGCUGGGCUACGUCUCCUCCACCAUCAACCCCAUCAUCUACACCAUCUUCAACCGCACCUUUAAGUCAGCCUUCAUCAAGAUCCUCAAGUGUGACUACAACUUCGACCACCGCCACGUCCGCUCGCACUCCAUGUCGGACAACAUGACGGGCGCGUACGGCGGCCCCACGCCCUCCGCCGUGGCCACGCCCUGCUCCAUUCGCACGCUGUCCACCUACGUGAAGAGCCCCAGCUAUCAGCACGCCCUCACCACCCACAACCAGGAGGAAGAACAUGAGUGCUGACUCCCUCACCCCGCCACUCUCUCUCCCUCACUCUCCUUCACCCCGAGCCUCGGAGCCUCACCUAGACGGCACUUUGAACGCACAAAGUGAUGGACGUGAACCUCCCACGUGUCGUACUUAAGCCUGGCGCGCCUCAGAGGGGAGGGGCGGCGCGGGCUCAGGAGACAGACAGCAGCAGCGGCACUGAUCCCCGGGCGGCGGCGUGCUGAGUGCUGAUCCCGCGCAGGGUAAUAUUCCUCCUCGGUGUUUCCAUGUCUUGUGCUGUCGUGCUAAUUAUUUUACCUUAAACCAGUAGCUGAGUGAAAUAGUGAUAUUAUACAUAAGCCCAAUGACACUUUCACGAUGAUCUCAAAGCGCGGGAAGGGCGGGGCGGCGGCGCGUACUGCCAGUUUGUGUUGCGACGCGGAGCCAGAAAUAAGUGUGCAGGCUAACUUGGUUGUCACCGUGAUGAGGUUACCUGGUUACCUGGUGCACCGGGAGCAGAGGGGAAGGUUCGUGAUUAAGUUAGUGGCGUGGGAGGCGAGGCGAGGCGGGCAGCGGGUGGCGUCCCGGCAAGGCUCAAGAAACAGUCUCGCUAAACAGGACGUACGAACUUCCUCGAAAAAAAGUCCUCGCUGUCUUGCAAGGUGACGGAGAAAGACAGGACGCUCUGCCGCCGCCCGUCACCACAACGAUGCCGCCGCCGCCACCAGGGAGCGUCUCUGAGGAACUGACGAGUGCGAAUUUUUCCAAGGAAUCGUUUUCUACACAAGCGACAUAUUUUUUCAGUUCCCUUGAUGCCACCUCUUUGGAAGCAAACAAAAGGGACGUUGUAGUUAAAUAGACACGAUGAACUAUUUUCUAUCGAUCUGUCUUUACCUCACGCGUGCAGCAGGAGGCGGUGGAGGAGCCGCGGCUGAGUGAGGAGUGUGAGUGUCGGCGUCACGGACCAAACAGACACACACGGGCGGGACGCAGGAGAGGAGCCGAGAGGGACGUGACGCAUCAUAUCAUUCCACCGAGUGUGUGUUUACAAAGCGUGUUUUACCCUCCCGUGUUUGUCCGUGUGUCUGGUCUCAGGUUCCCCCAACUAUCCCCCCCAUCCCCAGCCUUGUGUGCCCCGUGGGGAGGCGCGGUGAUGCGGGAGGUGUUCUGGCCUGUAUUCUGAAACACCUCAGCGCUGAACCACGACUACUUUCAAUAGGCUCUAAUUCAACCUAACAGAUUUAUUUAGGGUGUUUUUACGGAUCUAGUGACAGAUUAACAAGAUAUCCACAUUAUUAGCAGGAGAAACACUCUUAAGAAUCCGGUUAAUCAUCUUUGCGGCCUUAGAAAACAGUCGUGGUGAGGAAAAAAACGUUUCUAAAUACAGACUUCAGGCGGGUGUGCAUCCGUCAUUGUCCCAGAGUCACCGUCCCUCACGCCCCGUCGCCCCACAACUCCCCACCCACAGGGACUUUUUUUUUUUCUCCCUCCCCCACCUUCUGAAGAGCCACCAGCUGUGUGAAGUCUUAAUUAAGUCUUGUAAAUUAUGUAAAUUAUGAGAGAAAACUUAAAGAACUCAUUUAUGUGUGAGUGUAUGCAUCUCCGCGGCUCGCCUCUCUGUAAAUUAUUCAUGUUAAUAUAAUGAGCGAGGCAAGAACCAAAUCAGUGUUUAUCGAAUUGGGUUAAAUCUUCCUCGGUAAUCUCGCGAGCUGCUCUGUUUGUUUGUAAUGUUACUAAUCGUAGUGGUUGUAGUGAAUGGUCAUACGUGGUUAGGGAAGCAACACAUCCAAUCAAACACUUGCUAUACAGACCUACCUGUCUUUUUUCACCUGUGUAUCAUAAGUGCUACCGUGUACCUCUCCACUAGUAACCCGAGUUGUGAGUGACUAGAAUGAAAAAUUUGUAUUAAAACGUCAUUCUUUGCCCACGCUAUCGCUUUUUCUCCUUUUCCUUUUUUUUUCAUUCUCUUCCUUCCUACCAAACUUACACUUUAAAUUUUCGUCGUUUUUUUCUUUUUUCUCAGUUUUUAUCUCCUCUAUUUUUUUUUCUUCCUUGUCUCUCAAUCUUUACGCAGAGAAUCUUAAUCACUUUUUUCACUAAUUAUUUCUCUCUCUCCUUCUCUUCCUCUUCCUUACCUCUUCUGCUAUUAAUCCUAACUUUAUUAACCUUAUUUAUUGUUUUUCAUCAUGUCACUUUUUCUCUUUCGAAUAUAAUUUCUUUUUCUUUAUUUUUUUCCUAAUACUUUCCAUUCCUUAUCUCCACUUUCAAUUCCUUUUUAUUUAUUUCCUCUUCUCAUGUUUUCUUUUUUUUUUUUUUAAUAUUCUCCCAGAGCUCUUUUAUUUUCCCCUCCCUCUCCCUCUCUCUCUUCUGUCUUUCCUCUUCUCUCCCCUUCCUAUUGUUUUCCCUCUCCCUCUUCCUCCUCUCCCCUACGGUGCUCCAUACAGUUCUCUCCCUUCCCUCCCAACAACUUGCAUCACUCACCAUCCACUCUUCCAUUUGCAUUCCUUUUGUCCCCUCUCUCUCUCUCUCUCUCUCUCUCUCUCUCUCUCUCUCUCUCUCUCUCUCUCUCUCUCUCUCUCUCUCUCUCUCUCUCUCGUUAUUUGUAGUGUUUUGUGUGUGCUUUCAUCUUUUUUUAUCUUUUCUCUUAUUUAUUUAUAUUUUCUUAUUAUUUUUUGUGUAUAUAUUAUUGUUAUGUUUAUUUAUUUUUUUUAUUUAUUUAUUUUUUUGCAGCUCCUACUUCUCUUAUUCUUUCUUUGGUAUUUCAGUGUUUCAUAAUUUAUUUUCGCCUUCUUCCUCUUUUUUUCUUCUUUUCUUUCCCCUUUCCCUCUCUUUCUUUUAGUUCUUGUCCUUUCUUUUUAUGAUACAACUUCUUCUUCUUCUUCUUCUUCUUCUUCUUCUUCUUCUUCUUCUUCUUCUUCUUCUUCUUCUUCUUCUUCUUCUUCUUCUUCUUCUUCUUCUUCUUCUUCUUCUUCUUCUUCUUCUUCUUCUUCUUCUUCUUCUCCUCCUCCUCCUCGAUUCUCACUCUCACAACACACAAUUCCUCCUUUCCUCCCGUACAAGUUAAUAAUUUAUUGAUAUGAAUCGUAGAGUGUAUCAGUAAUUUAUAUUCCUGUACAUAAUAAAGUAUAUAUAUAGAACAUUUAGGCUGUAAAUACAAAUCUCUAUAAUAUAAAGAUAUACAAAGAUCCGAUUAGAAUAUUGUGCGUACAUCCGGAACCGCAUUUUAUCCCCCGUGUGUGUGUGUGUGUGUGUGUGUAGAGAGAGAGAGAAAGAGAGAGAGAGUGUUUGAGUUUUCAUGUGUAAAAGUUAAAUUUCUUAUGAUAUUUUCUUCUUUCCUCCUCCUCUUCCUCUUCUUGCUUUUCUUUCUUUCUUUCUUUCUUUCUUUCUUUCUUUGUCUUACUCUUUCUUUCUCGUCGUCUGUCUUGUCUGCCUCAUUUCCCUUUUCUUCCUUCACUUUCUGUUCUCUUUUUCGUUCCUAUUCUUUCUUUUCUCCUCAGUUCUCUUCGUUCUUCCCUUCUUAUUACUGUUUCUCCUUAAUUUCUCUUUCGUCUCGUCUUUUGUUUCCUGUCUUAUUCUGAUAUCCUUACUUCUUCUCUCUUCUCAUCUCUCAUCUCCUCUCUUCGCUUCUCUUGUCUUUUUUUUUUUUUUUGUAUUAUAUUAUAUUUUAUUUCAGUACCUUCUCUUCCCACCUCUCCAGUUAUCUUCUCACUCCUCCUCUUCCUCCUCCUCCUCCUCGCUAUCUCCCGCAGCACCUGUACAAACACCAGCUUGAGUCACACUGUCAGAACGUUGGAGUGAUUACUGCGGUGUGUCUUCACUGUAAUUGUCACUGAUUUGGACACCUAAUUCCUCCUCCUCCUCCUCCUCCUCCUCCUCCUCCUCCUCGUGUCUAGUUUCCGUAUUAUAUCCUUUCUAUUAGUUCUUGUCUUAGUUAUCUUCACUGUCCUUUAUUCUCUCUCUCUCUCUCUCUCUCUCUCUCUCUCUCUCUCUCUCUCUCUCUCUCUCUCUCUCUCUCUCUCUCUCUCUCUCUCUCUCUCUCUCUCUCUCAACCAUAACUUCAAUAGGUGAAAACAUACAAAUUUAUUUCCUGUUUUUUUUUGUUCUCUCCUCUAUUUCUCAUCUCUUAUGUAUCCUCUUUUUUCUUGUUAAUUAUCUGUUUCGUUAAGUGUAUAGUUUUUCUUUUUAUCUUUAUUUGUCCUCUACUCCCUUCUUUUUUUCUCAUUCUUUUCUAUGUUAUUUUGUUUCUGUUGACUGAAAUGGUAAAGGAAAGAAAGGGAAUGAGAAGGAGGUGUGUGUGUGUGUGUGUGUGUGUGUGUGUGUGCAUGCAAGUAUGUAGCAUGUAGAAUGAAAAUGUAAUGAAUGACUCUUGUCCUCCCUCCUUUCCUUAACUUUCCCCCCUCCUCCCUCCCUUCCCUCCCUCCAUCCUCUCAACCAUUCACUCCAAAGAACAAUAAAGGGAACAAGUAAAAAAAAACAAAAAAAACAUACACUUUAUAUACAAUAACAAUGCUGUAUACCUUAUUUGUGAUGUGUGUGUGUGUGUGUUUGUGUGUGUGUGUGUGUGUGUGUGUGUGUGUGUGUGUGUGUGUGUACGUGUACUUUUUAAACAUACUGAAAUUCAAUAAUACUUGUAAUAUUUCUCAAGUGGAGGGUGAAGAUUUUUAAGUAACCAUUGAUGAGUGAAGUGGAUGAAAGAGUGGAAUAAGAAAAGUGGACAGGUACAGGUGGAUCUACUCAUUAACUCCACUGUCUUACCUGUCUAACCAUCCACUCAUCCAGGUACUCAUCCAUCCACUCCACACUCACAUCUUACCACUGCCCAUCAUUCGCCUCUUCGCCCUCCACCUCCUCCACCUCCACCUCCACAUUUCCACCUCCUCCUGUAGGCUUCAGUGUUUCUCAUUUUUCCUCAACCACCAUUGCAGGUUGUACUGAGACAGACAGAGAGAGAGAGAGAGAGAGAGAGAGAGAGAGAGAGAGAGAGAGAUACAGAAAUAAAUAUAAAUAAACAGAUACAGACAAAUAGACAGACACAUAAGCAAACAUAAACAUGCAAACAGACAUACAAAUAAACAAACAAAUACACAGACAGACAGACAGACAGACAGACAGACAGACAAACACGCAGCCAGAUACAGACAGACAGAUAAAAAAAAAAAGAAAACAGACAUAAUACAAAUCACAACGAAUUAUGACAACACUAAAAAACAAAUAAAUAAAUAAAUAAAUAAAUAAAAUAAAUAACGCCCUUUCCUGUAAAAUCAUUCAACAUAUAAACACACGCACAACAAUCGGAUUCCAUUGACUUACAUACAAUAUUUACCCUAAUUUCCCUCCCUCAACCCCCCAACCGGACUAGCUGAAAAAAAAAAUAAAUAAAUAAAUAAAUAAAUGUUGGGUUUCGUGAUACCGUAAAAAAGAAUAAAUGUAUUUGCGUGGCCGCUAAAUGACGGCGAUGAAUCCCACACUGAUAACUGAGCGGUCCGUGGUGUUAUUAAUUAAUUCCAUCCCUCAAAGUACCAGGCGGAAUUAAUCAGACGGACGCCACACCAGAGAGAGAGAGAGAGAGAGAGAGAGAGGGUAAGGUGAAAAAUAAAGAAAAUCGUCAAACUGUAAAACCCAAAGAGAGAGAGAGAGAGAAUGUGUGAAUGAGAGAUACAAUGAUCUAAAAAAUAAGAAAAAAUGUGAAAUAGAACGAAAAACAUACAAUUAAAAAAAAACCAGGAAGAGAGAGAGAGAGAGAGAGAGAGAGAGCAACAGUACAUCUCUUGGACCACAUCUGUCAAUACUCAAUGUCACAAAUAAUAUUCCUUGUCUUUUGCCUUCACCCCACCUGACCCCAACUUGACCCCACCAUCCACCUGUCCCCGCCCUACCUGCCUCCCAAUCACCCACACAAGAGUAGAGAGCGACUGUUAGCUCGGGUCAGUUCCCACGCCCCUCCUUUACGUGUUUCCUACGUGUAUUGGUGUCAGUGGGCCUUGUCGCUGCCCACCUGACCUCUGUACCACCUUUUUGUAAUAAAAAAUCUACCAC